AUGUCUAAAAACGAGAACUCACCACCACCAACACCUACUGCAACUACCGACCGACGAGCUUCCUUCUCACCAGGCCAGAAGCUCUCCGAGCUCUUCGGUCGUUCUCCUCCCAACGGCAAUGGCACCCCCGCCUAUCCUGGUCCCAUUGCAACUGCAGCUGCCAAUGCCCAGGCUCAACAACGUCGUCGUACAUCCAUCGCUUCACUAGGCCUGGCAGGAUCUCCGACCCAGACGUCAGCUUUCACCAACAUGAGGAACCGGCAGAGCAGCAUCGGAAGCGGCAGCUCACCCUCUACUUCCAUCAAUGAAAGCGCCGUUGAAGAAGGGGAUGCAGAACCAAACACAUCGCCCACGUCGCCAUUUGCUCGAAGGAUGAGCUUCGGUGCGAAGGCGCUUCGAGAUGUCAGAACGGGGGGAACAGGUAACGCCAACGGUAGAGCUUCCACCAAUGCGUCUUCUGCCCCGUCUGUUAAAGGACGAGGCGAAGGGUUCAAUUGGCCUGAGCAGAUCAAGAAUAGGGCUGAACGAUCAGCUUCAAUCAACAGCCAAGCACCUCCUGCUCCAGCGACGGGUCCUUCGAAUCAUCAAAAGGCUGCCAGUGUGUCAGCUCCCGAGCAGCCGGUCAAGGAGAUGCCGAAGUCUCCCAGAAAGCCGGAUCAUUUCCAGGAAAGAAUCUUGAAGGGCGACUUCUACAUGGACUAG